CAGUCCACGCAGUCGUGUCUGUCAACGAGCGAGUCAGUGAUGAUCGGGUCGAGAAGGCUGCGGCAGCUGGCGUGCAUCGCCACGCGGAACCUUCCUCCUCUUCGACCUCUUCACUCUGCCGGAAUUAUCGGUGCUCCAUUCUCCAAAGGACAGGUGAAAGGCGGUGUGGAAUCUGGACCGGACCACAUCCGAGCUGCAGGGCUGGUUGAAAGGCUGCUACAGCAAGGGUGUGCAGUGAAGGAUUAUGGGAACUUGGAAUUUGAGCAAGUGUCCGUUGAUGAGCCAGUGGGGAGGCUGAAGAGCGUGCGGGCGGUGGGCAGCGCCAACCAGAGGCUGUCUGUAGCGAUGCAGAAGGUGAAAGAGGGCGGACACACAGCCGUGAUGCUGGGAGGAGACCACAGUCUGGCUAUCGGCUCAAUUCAUGGUCACGCAGCUGCUCUAGGACAUCUGAGUGUUGUAUGGGUUGAUGCCCAUGCCGACAUCAACACUCCUCUUACAUCGUACACAGGAAACAUCCAUGGGCAGCCCUUGUCUUACCUUCUCCAUGAGCUGCAGUCAAAGAUUCCUGUUUUGCCAAACUUCUCCUGGAUGAAGCCGUGCCUGUCAGCUGGAGACCUCGUCUACAUCGGUCUGAGAGACGUGGAUCCAGCAGAACACUACAUCCUCAGGACGCUGGGUGUGAAGAUGUUCUCCAUGUCAAAAGUGGAUCAGUUGGGUGUGGCCAAAGUAAUGGAGGAGACAUGUGACCACCUGAGUGCCAAGGGGAAGAAGCCAAUCCACCUGAGCUUUGACAUUGACGCCAUUGACCCCUCCAUUACUCCAGCAACAGGAACACCUGUGACUGGAGGACUCACCUACAGAGAAGGACUUUGCAUCACUGAACAUCUGAGUCAGACAGGCUUGCUGUCGGCUGUGGACUUGGUGGAAGUGAAUCCUCUGAGAGGGCAGACCCAGAAUGACAUCCACUCCACAGUGAGCACAGCUGUGGACCUGCUGCUUGCAUGUUUUGGACGUCAGCGUGAAGGAAAUCACCUGCAGGAUUACUGUCUGCCUGAGCCAUAACCAUGACAGCAGUUGCUUGAUUGACAGCAUGGAUGGCUGCCCUACAGGAAAUAAAAGACUGAAAAACUCUGGUUUGGUCUAUGGCACACUACUGUGGAUGUGUCACUGCCUAUUCAUGUUCCGGGCGAUAAAGCGCUGUCGAGAAUGGCUGCUGCCCACCACCUAAUUUCCCCCAGGGUGUGUCCCAAAGGGAUUAAUAAAGCUAUGUCUAAUUGUC